AGAUCUCCAAAACACAAGUUCACAACUCAUCACAGCCGCCUCUCACACAACCCCAAAAGCUACUUCCUUUCCCUUUGCCUUCUCACAAAUCUCAAAAGCUUCCUAACUCAACUCCAAUUUCUCUUCUUCCACCACCUACCUAUACAUACACAUAUCACCAAUGCACAUUCAUCCACAACCCAAUGGCUCUCAUCACUAAGCUCCCAUCAUCUUCACCACUAACCCAAUUCAAAACCCCCCAAAUCUCCCCACCAAACCCUACUUUCAUCCGUUUUACUACAUCUUGUUCUGCUUCACCUUUCACUGAAAAGCAUUCAGUUGAAAGAUACCAACGUGACAGUUGGGUGUUCAACAACGAAUUUAACCAAAACCCAUGUGAAAAGCAGUCGAAUUUCUCCACUAGAGACUACGAAAUUGCCCUUCAGCUUCCUGAACUGAAGAAACUGUUGCAGGUUUUGAGGGAGAAGAGAGGGGAAAGUGGGGAUGGGGAGGGGGGUAAAGGGGGUGUUGGGAAUGUGUUUUUGGUGGGUACGGGUCCGGGUGACCCGGAUUUGUUGACUUUGAAGGCGUUGAAGGUGAUCCAGAAGGCGGAUUUGUUGUUGUAUGAUAGAUUGGUGUCUAAUGAUGUGUUGGAUUUGGUGGGUCCGGAUGCUAGGUUGCUUUAUGUUGGGAAGACUGCUGGGUACCAUAGCAGAACACAGGAGGAGAUUCAUGAGUUGCUUUUGAGUUUUGCUGAAGUGGGGGCAAAUGUUGUGAGGCUUAAAGGAGGGGACCCGUUGGUGUUUGGAAGAGGUGGUGAGGAGAUGGAUUUUCUUCAACAAAAAGGCAUUCAAGUUAAAGUUAUUCCAGGCAUAACUGCUGCCUCCGGGAUAGCAGCAGAAUUGGGUGUUCCAUUAACACACAGGGGAAUAGCAAACAGCGUCCGGUUUCUAACCGGCCACUCAAGAAAAGGCGGGGCCGAUCCUCUUUUCGUAGCAGAGAAUGCAGCCGAUCCUGAUUCAACCUUAGUUGUUUACAUGGGGUUAUCUACUCUCCCUGCACUCGUUUCAAAGUUAAUCCACCAUGGUUUACCACCCGACACACCAGCAGCUGCAGUUGAGCGGGGGACCACACCACAACAACGCAUUGCGUUAGCAGAGUUGAAGGAUCUACCUGAUAAAAUUACAUCAGAACAAUUCGUAUCACCGACUCUGAUCUUCAUUGGAAAAGUAGUUGCGCUUUCACCGUUGUGGCCGCAAUCCUGUACAAGCGAGUCGUCAUGUCUAAUUCCACUUGUAUGAAAUCCCUGAUCAAGAAGAACAACAUGGUUCAUGAGAAAAGUGACAGAUGAACGAAUAUCAUCAUGGGAAGUUGCCACGUUGGAGGGAAAAAACCGUAGAUUGCUGCUUACGGGUUCAAGCUGUUUAACAUAAAACAAUUUUUUGCGAGUGUGAAUAACGACUGGAAAGCAAAAGACUCACGCUUUCUGGUCAAAAUUGACGAAUUGUUUCUUCCCUUUAUGGUGGGGUUUUGCUUGCAUAAUCUUGAUUCUUCUGAAGAAUAAAUUUGGCUAAAUUGGCCGGUAAGAGUAAUGGGUCACGAUGAAUAAAUUUGUAACGUUGCUCAAUACGUUGUGUUUGUUUGAUCUAACAUAUCAUCUUCGUCAAGAGUAAAUUUAGGGAUCGUUCAUGUUGAAAAUACGUACAAUAAAUUAGGUGUAUCGUUUUUAAUGUUUGUGGACUCACCACGUUUGUUUUUCCGUCCUUUGGACUGAUGACAUUAAUAAUUGUUGGUUAAUGUCCGUCCUUAGUUCAAUAUGUUUGACUUCUUAAGUUUUAAGUUAUGACGCAAGUAUGUAAAUGGUUUUGGGA